UGGGCGUGUGCACCUAUGGUGAAUUGCUUGUGAAGGCUCGUGGGCAUGUAGACACAUAAUCGGUGACUCCUUUAAUUAGCAAACGCGGAGUGUGUAUACCCACCGAAAAGUGGAGACAUAGAUACAGUCUCUAAGUUGCAUUCUGCACAGUCGUGUGGAAUUGCAGUUCGCACGAGCGUUUGCCAACAUGGAUCCCUACAAGUUUACUCCCUCGAGCAAGUACAACUCCAACCACUGGACAACCAAUUCGGGUGCUCCUGUGUGGAACAACAAUUCUUCUCUUACAGUCGGUCCACGUGGUCCUGUUCUUCUGGAGGACUACCACUUGGUUGAGAAGUUGGCUCAGUUCGAUAGGGAAAGGAUACCAGAGCGAGUGGUACACGCUCGGGGUUUCAGUGCCAAGGGAUACUUCGAAGUUACUCAUGACAUCUCUCAUCUCACCACAGCAGAUUUUCUUCGAGCACCCGGCGUGCAAACCCCUUUGAUUACUCGGUUUUCCACUGUCAUCCAUGAGAUAGGCAGUCCCGAGACCCUCCGUGAUCCUCGAGGAUUUGCUGUCAAGUUUUACACUCGUGAAGGCAACUUCGACAUGGUUGGCAACAACAUUCCUGUUUUCUUCAUCCGUGAUGGCAUGAAGUUUCCAGACAUGAUUCAUUCCCUGAAGCCCAAUCCGAAAACCAACGUCCAAGAAAUGUGGAGGGCAAUGGACUUCUUCUCUCAUAUACCCGAGUCGCUGCACAUGUUCUCUUUCCUUUUCGAUGACUGGGGUGUACCUUACAACUUCAGGCACAUGGAGGGAUUCGGAGUUCACACAUUUAAGCUCAUAAAUAAAGCAGGAAAGGAGACAUACGUGAAGUUCCACUGGAAACCUUCAUGUGGGGUCAAGUUUUUGCUCGAAGAAGAAGCUGUCAUUGUUGGAGGUACAAACCACAGCCAUAUGACCCAGGACCUGUUUGACACCAUCGCGGCUGGAAAUUAUCCGGAGUGGGGAUUGUUCAUCCAGACGAUGGAACCGUGUAUGGAAGAUGCAUAUGACUUCGAUCCCCUGGACGACACCCAAACCUGGCCUGAAGACAAGUUCCCUCUUCAACCGGUGGGGAAGAUGGUUCUGAACAAGAAUAUCGAUAACAACUUCGCGGAGAAUGAGCAACUGGCCUUCUGCCCGGGAAUUAUAGUUCCCGGAAUCUACUACACAGAUGACAAAAUGUUCCAAACGAGAAUUUUCUCCUACUCUGAUUCUCAGAGACACCGUUUGGGUCCUAACUACCUCAUGCUGCCCGUCAAUGCGCCCAAGAACAAGCACCACAACAACCACCACGAAGGCUUCAUGAACUUCAUGCACCGAGACGAGGAGGUGAACUACUUUCCAUCACGCUAUGACCCCGUUCGACACGCUGAGAAAAGCCCCCUUCCUCAGAACUCGUUUUCUGGAAAACGAGAGAAGGCGAUUAUCAAAAAGGAGAAUAACUUCAAGCAGGCAGGCGAGCGCUACAGGACCUUCGAUCCGGCCAGGCAGGAGAGAUUUCUCAUGCGCUUUGUAGGGGUCUUGAGUGACCCGAAGGUCACGGACGAGGUUCGCAAAGCGUGGGUGUUUUACUGGACCCAGGCUGACGCAAGUUUGGGCAACAAAUUAGCAGCGAAGUUGAAUAUGCCAGCUAUUCAGUCUGGGAUGUAGAUAUUCCAAUUACGGAGUUUGUUACAGAGCUGCGCGUAGCAAGAAAGUUGGCGGUAGUGUGAAGGCUUGGUUAGUUGUGUUAGUUUUGUACAAUUCAAUAUUCAGGGUAGGAUGAGUACUUGUGAACUGUAAUAUAAUAGCUUCGCCCUGAGGAAAUUCCGGUCCUCGAGCAGAUGACAGGAGGAUAUUUGAAAAGAAAUCGUCCAACUACUUUAUGUGGAAGUUUAUUUUACUUUGGGAGGUUGGAAUAAAUUUGACGUGUUCAAAGACCUGG